AGGAAAAACCAGCUUGUGAAUACCAUUAAAUGGGCAUGCCAGUUCUGAUCCGCCAAAAUAUGAACAUGUUGGAUCAUAUGGAAGGAGUGAAGCUUUUAACCCAUCAUAAUGGCAGAGGCAGCAAGCGAGCGGGUCAACACAAAAUGCUCUUUGUUGGCGCUAAAUGGUCCAGAUGUGCUCGGAGGUAGCAGUCGCAGAGCCUUGGAUGAGACGGCCUCACCUGAUCCCUACUCUACUCUCUAGCACGCAGCCUUCUAUUCGAAGUAGAUGUUUCGGAUUUCUUUAUUCUUCACCUGUUUCCAUUUUACCGCCACCGCCUAUUACACAGCUUCCAGUUUUUGCUUAAUUUGACGCCAUAUUCCCCAUUUUCCCUCUUCACUGUGUUUCAUCGAAGAACAAGAAACGCAGUGGGGAUGAGGAAAAAAUCGCUCCAUCCUGUUCUUUCCCACUUGUUUAUCCUCGUUUUACUUCUGUUCUCUGCCAGUUUUUGUUUCGCCAAUCGCGAUAUGGAAGCGCUGUUGAAGAUGAAGAGCGCCAUGAUCGGACCCGGGAGGUCGGCGCUUGAUGAUUGGGAGCCGUCGUCGUCCCCGUCUGCUCAUUGCGAUUUCUCCGGCGUUACGUGUGACGGCGAUCACAGAGUUGUUGCGCUUAACGUCUCGAAUUUUCGUUUAUUCGGCCCGAUUCCGCCAGAGAUUGGGAUGUUGGAGAAGAUUGAGAACUUGACCUUAGUGAGUGACAAUCUCACCGGAGGACUUCCUCUCGAAUUGGCAAAACUCACAUCGCUUAAGAUUCUGAACCUAUCUAACAACGCAUUUCAUGAUAAGUUGCCGGCUGAAAUCACGCUUGGAAUGACCGAACUCGAGGUUUUUGAUGUCUAUAACAACAAUUUCUCCGGUCCGCUCCCGGUGGAGUUUGUCAAACUGAAGAAGCUUAAGCAUCUUGACCUUGGUGGAUGUUACUUCACUGCUCAGAUUCCUUCUGUUUACUCGGAGAUGCAGACGUUGGAGUUCUUAAGCGUGCGGGGAAAUGCGCUUACCGGAAGUAUUCCAGCGAGUUUGGCGCGGCUGAAGAAUCUUAGGUAUCUUUACGCCGGAUAUUUUAACCAUUACGACGGCGGGAUUCCGGCCGAGUUCGGAUCGUUGAGUUCUCUUGAGCUUCUCGAUUUAGCAAACUGUAACCUCUCCGGUGAGAUUCCUCCGAGUAUGGGGAAUUUAAAGCACCUGCAUAGUCUAUUUCUACAAGUUAACAAUAUAACCGGUCGGAUUCCCCCUGAACUUUCCGGUCUGAUUAGCCUCAAGUCACUGGACCUCUCACUGAACGAACUCACCGGAGAGAUACCGUCGAGUUUCGUGGUACUGCAGAACCUCACGCUGAUCAAUUUGUUCAACAACAAGCUUCACGGUCCAAUCCCUGGUUUCAUAGGUGAUUUUCCACAUCUUGAAGUGCUUCAGUUGUGGAGUAACAACUUCACGCUGGAGCUCCCCGAGAAUCUAGGGCGUAACGGAAAACUUUUUCUGCUCGACGUAGCGACAAAUCAUCUAACUGGACUCAUUCCUCCGGAUUUAUGUAAUGGUAGGUUGAAGACUUUGAUUCUGUUGGAUAAUUACUUCUAUGGGCCCAUCCCUGAGAAAUUAGGCCGAUGUGAUUCACUUACGAAAAUAAGAAUUGCGGGAAAUUUCUUCAACGGAACGGUUCCGGCAGGGUUCUUCAACUUCCCGGCGUUGGAGCUACUUGAUAUCAGUAAUAAUUACUUCUCUGGCGCUCUUCCGUCGCAAAUGUCUGGCGAGUUUCUUGGAACUCUGCAGCUUAGUAACAACCAUAUUACCGGGGAAAUCCCCGCCGCUAUUAAGAAUUUAGAAAACUUGCAGGUUGUUUCUCUGGAAUAUAACCAAUUCACUGGGCAUUUGCCCGUGGAAAUAUUUGAAUUGAACAAGUUGCUGAGGAUUAACAUCAGCUUUAACGAUAUUAGCGGCGAAAUUCCGCAUUCAGUUGUUCAGUGCUCGUCUUUAACGUCAAUCGAUCUCAGUGAAAAUCAUCUCGUCGGCCAAAUUCCCAGGGGAUUGUCGAAGCUGAAAAUCUUGAGCGUCCUCAAUUUGUCAAGAAAUCAAGUGUCGGGCCAAAUUCCUGACGAGAUUCGGUCGAUGAUGAGUCUUACAGUUCUUGAUUUGUCAUACAAUAACUUCUUCGGUAGAAUCCCCACAGGCGGUCAGUUUUCGGUAUUCAAUGGCAGCGCCUUCGCCGGAAACCCUAACCUCUGCUUCCCCAGCCACGGAUCUUGCGGAUCUCUACACAAGAAUUCGAAAUCUGUUAAGCUAAUCAUUUCAAUCGUCGCGAUAUUCACCGUUCUAUUAUGCGUAUUCGUCGCAGUUUAUCUCAGAAAGAGAAAGAGGAUUCAGAAAUCAAAGGCAUGGAAACUCACAGCGUUCCAACGCCUCAAUUUUAAAGCGGAGGACGUCCUCGAGUGUUUGAAGGAGGAGAAUAUCAUCGGAAAAGGCGGCGCUGGCGUCGUCUACCGUGGAUCAAUGCCAGACGGCUCCAUCGUAGCUAUUAAACUGUUGUUAGGAAGCGGCCGGAACGACCACGGUUUCUCUGCUGAAAUUCAGACUCUAGGGCGAAUCAAGCACCGGAACAUCGUCAGGCUUUUGGGUUACGUGUCGAACAGAGACACGAAUCUGCUUCUAUACGAGUACAUGCCGAAUGGGAGCUUGGAUCAGAGGCUGCAUGGAGUGAAGGGCGGGCAUUUGCAUUGGGACUUGCGGUACAAGAUCGCGAUGGAAGCCGCCAAGGGGCUCUGUUACUUGCACCACGAUUGUACGCCACUGAUCAUCCACAGGGACGUGAAGUCCAAUAAUAUACUGCUGGAUAAGCUCUUUGAAGCUCAUGUCUCUGACUUUGGGCUCGCCAAGUUCUUCCAGAAUGGCGGCGCCUCCGAGUGUAUGUCCUCCAUUGCCGGCUCAUACGGCUACAUUGCUCCAGAAUACGCGUACACACUGAAAGUGGACGAGAAGAGCGAUGUGUACAGUUUCGGUGUGGUGCUGCUGGAGCUGAUAGCCGGGAGGAAGCCAGUGGGGGAUUUUGGAGAAGGCGUGGACAUAGUGAGGUGGGUCCUCAAAACCUCAUCAGAACUCUCUCAACCGUCCGAUGCUGCCUCAGUAUUAGCCGUGGUGGACUCUCGCCUCGCCGAAUACCCUCUCCAAGACGUAAUCCACCUCUUCAAAAUAGCCAUGAUGUGCGUGGAAGAAGACAGCUCUGCAAGGCCAACCAUGAGGGAGGUUGUUCACAUGCUCUCAAAUCCCCCAAGGUCUGUCCCUGUUCUCAUCAACCUCUAAUAUCAAUCAACCCUUGUAUGUGUAAUUAAUUAGUGUAAUGAGGUGAUUAAUGGUGUGCUUUAGUGUUAUCUAGAUUGUUGAUUAGUGGCUGUCAACAUUAAUUUUUACUUCAAAUGUUAAUAUUAAUGUCUGGGUUUUGAUAUCUUGAUGUUCAUGAUGGAGAAAGGUGUAGUUAAUAAUGUUGCUCUUGAUGAUGUAAUCCUCGCAACUAAAGGUUGGAUCCAAGAGUAGGUCAGAAACGGGAGGCUUGAUAGUUACUAACUACUACCUCAUUAAUCUGCC